AACACUUAAGCUGAGAGCUGGGUGGGGCUUCUGCCGUUUUUAAAGCAUGAAGUAGCGCAAACGUGCGUAAAAGCCGCUCACGGACAGAGAGGACAACCAGGCUUUUGGGGCGAAAUUUCUUGCAGUCAUUUGUUGCAUAAUUGAAGACAGAUUUCAAGAUGCCUCCUCCAAUGGUUCCACACGGCAUGUGCUUAAAAGUCAUAAACGACCGCAACAUGAAGGGCGGCAUGGGCUCUGAAACAAACCCUCUGAAGUUCAUGGACCAGGACUACAACUUUCUACAAGACUACUGUCUCAAGACAAAUCAGAGAUUUGUUGAUGAGUUUUUCCCACCAGAUCCCCGUUCUAUUGGCGAAGGGCUGCUGGACCCAAAGGUUAUGGCCAGGGUGGAGUGGAUGAGACCAACGGUAUUGUGUCCAAAUGCAGCUAAACUGAUUGUAGAGACGGUGUCCAGGUUUGACUAUUCCCAAGGAAAUGUAGGAAACUGCUGGUUUCUGGCCUCUGUUGGGGCUCUAACAUUUCAAAACAACUUAUUACAAAAGGUCAUUCCAGACGGACAGUCAUUCAGCCACAAUUAUACUGGUUUAUUUCAUUUCAGAUUCUGGCGUUUUGGAAAAUGGUACGAUGUCGUGAUUGAUGACAAAUUGCCAACAAUCGGCCGGCAGCUGAUUUUUGUGAAAUCAAAAACAUUUAAUGAGUUUUGGCCUGCUUUACUGGAAAAAGCAUAUGCCAAGGUGUGCGGCUCCUACGCUGACAUGCAUAGUGGUAGAGUAUCUGAGGCCCUCUUGGACUUUACCGGUGGGGUUCAUAUGCACUAUGAACUGAAUACGGCUCCUAAUGACUUGUGGGAGAUAAUGUACCGUGCUUACCAGUCAGAGGUCCUUAUGGGUUGUGAAACUCCAGCAGGGAAAGAAAAUCGGUUACCAAAUGGCAUAGUCUUGGGCCACGCUUACACCGUGACCAAAGUUUACCAGGUCACGAGUGGUGGAAACCCAGUUAAGCUGGUUAGACUGUUCAACCCAUGGGGAGACAGUGAGUGGGAAGGAGACUGGAGUGACAACUCACCUUUAUGGAACACAGUGAGCAAUGAGGACCGCAAACAACUCCUUGUGAACGACAAUGGAGAGUUCUGGAUGUCAAUGAAAGAUUUCCUUAGAACCUAUGACAACCUAGAUAUCUGCUGUAUCUGUCCUGAUUUUCUGGAAGAGAGAUCUGCUUGUCACUGGAUUUCCAAGUACCACCAUGGCAGCUGGGUUUCUGGGAGCACAGAUGGAGGCCGCAUAAGUUAUGCAGACAGCUUCUGUAAAAACCCCCAGUUUUGGCUGAGGAUUAAUGAGUUUGAUAAGGCCUGCGAACAGGGCCAGAACAAUGUUCUGGUGACUCUCAUACAGAAACCUGACAAGAGACAUAGACGCCACUCUGCACACCAUGGCAUUGGUUUCUACGUGUUUGCAGUUCCACCCGAGAUGAGAUCUGAGGGAAGGUUUGGAUCAAGCUUCUUCCAUGGAAGAAGGCCUGUGGUAACGAGUGAACCCUUUCAACAAGCAAGACAGGUGAUGAAAUUCUUCAGGCUGGAGGCGGGAGAGUAUCUCAUCGUACCAUCCACAUACCAGCCCAAUAAGAGCGGAGAAUUCAUCCUGUCCAUUCUCUGCAAAAAUGAAAUCCACAUUCAAAAGGACACAGAAAGAAUGGAGAAAGAUUUUCUUGUGGAUCUUUUAGGCGAGGUUCAUUACACUGAAGAAGCGGAUGAAAGAUUGAAAACUAAAGCACUGUUUCGGCAAUAUUCUGAUCAAUAUAAAGUUGUCGAUGCUGAGAAACUUCAAUCGCUUCUUCAUGAAAACCUGCUCGGACGGCAUAAAAACACUGAAGGAUUUGGCCUGGAUUCCUGUAGAAGCAUAAUAGCCAUGUCAGAUCUCAAUGUUACUGGAAGACUCUCUGGACCAGAAUUCAUUCGCCUAUGGAACAGUAUCUUGACAUACAGGAAUAUCUUCUACAGCAUGGAUUCUUCCAAAGAUGGUGUUCUGUCUUUCAUCGAACUGCAAAAUGCGUUAGAGAAAACAGGACUGCAUCUAAAUGAAGACAUCCUGAAUCUCAUGUUUGUCCGCUAUGGAGGAGCUACUGAACAGAUCUCUCUGGAGGGCUUCAUAUGCCUUGUCAUGCGUUUGAACUGCAUGGCCAGGAUUUUCCAGAGACUGUGUGAAAAUGGAAAGAUAACUCUCGAUGAGAGUGAGUGGAUUGGACUAACCAUGUACUCAUGAGGGAAUGUCUUCUUGCCAGGAUGUUUAGCAAUGAAUGCAAGAAGCAGUGAUCUAAACAUUUCUUUAUCUCCCUUUAUAUUUCUAUUUCAAACUGAUGAACAAAUUGUGAUGAUGUGCCAUUUCGUGUUUGUCCUUUUAUCAUUCUAGUAAAAUGCCUUUUUCUUUUUCUUAAAUGCCAUUUGAUAUGCCAGUUUUAACUCUUUGUAGCAACUGCGAGUUUAAAAAAAUGAUGCAUGUGAUGAAUUUCUCAUUGUAUACACUGAUGAUAUAAUACUAGUUCUGAUACUGUGAUUGUGAAGUAAGAAUAUUUCUCUACACCAUGUAAGGGGACUUUAGGCCACAUGUAGGUCUACAAUAAAAUAUCUAUCUAUUUGCAGUUAUUUUCAUCUAAAUGGCAAAUAAUUUGUGUCCUGCAGUACUUUGAAACAUGAUUAACCUGCCAGGAAUAUCUGAUAUUAGCCAUAUUUAAUGAAAAUUGUUAUAAUUGUAUUAAUACCUAUAUAAUUGCUCUGUCUUCUUUUUUAAUUUAGUGUUUUAGUGAAUAAUUUCAAUUCAAGAGUAUGCUAAUAUUAGGGAUAUUUCAAUAAACUUUCUUGAUUUUUAAAUGAACAUGAAUUUUAUACUUAUAAAUGUUUGACAAAAUUAA